CAGGAAGUUGAGUGAAAACUGAGGGGAAUCAGUUCCUUAUAUAUUUAUUUAUAUUUUCUUUUUCCCUUUAGUCUUUCAAUUUUCAAGCAUUGAAACAGCGUCAAAGCCCAACCCGUUUGAGUUCUCACAAGGGGUUGUGCCUCCUUUCAGAAUGGAGAAGACAACACUUAAAGUUCGAUGCCAGAGGAUUGGGUGCGACGCCACCUUCUCCGAGGAUGACAAUCCCGACGGUUCCUGUCGAUACCAUGAUUCGGGGCCUAUAUUUCAUGAUGGAACAAAAGAAUGGAGUUGUUGCAAGAAAAGAAGUCAUGAUUUUAGCUUGUUUUUGGAAAUUCCGGGAUGUAAGACUGGAAAACAUACAGCAGUUAAGCAAGUAAUUGCUCCAGUGAAGAAGAACACCACGCCCUCUCCAACUGUUGUUUCUUCAACCAAUGCUUCAUCAAAGGACUCUUGUUCUAGAUGUAGGCAGGGUUUCUUUUGCUCAGAACAUGGUUCUCAAAGCAAACCAGUUAGCAUUGUAGACAAGUCCCCAAAUCUUGUUGGAGAUGCCUCUGCUGUUAACAAUUCAAAUGUUCAGGCUCCGAAACCUAAGAAGAUAGUCGAUAUAAAUGAGCCCCAAACAUGCAAAAAUAAAGGAUGCGGUCAAACUUUCAAGGAAAAGGAUAAUCAUGACACUGCUUGCAGCUACCAUCCCGGCCCUGCUGUUUUUCAUGACCGGAUGAGAGGGUGGAAGUGCUGUGAUAUUCAUGUAAAAGAAUUUGAUGAGUUUAUGAACAUUCCUCCAUGCACAAAGGGAUGGCAUAGUGCGGAUCCAGAAUCCUGAUCACGGAAGACACCGAAGAACCUUUUUUUUUUCUUACAGUAGCUGACACUUUCAUUGAGAUGGAAAAGGUAUUGUUGAUUGAUAUUUUGGUGUCAUUGAUUAAAUAUUAGUGUCUACUCUUUUUGCAUACAUCGCCUCCUUUCAAUUGGCCAACCUUUAUUGACAAUUUUCUUAGUCAAUCCAUCUGGAUGGUUAUUGUGUUAGUAUACUGUGUGAAUCUGUUUUCCUUAGUUCUUCGAAUGUCGUAAUUUGCGUUUGUUGGACUGUGUUGGACUUGGAUAAUCUUGAAAGAUGUUAAACUAUGGUUCCAUUCAAAAUGGCUUUGUUUUAUUCAGAGCUAAAA